UAGAGCAGCUGAAAAAAAGCUGUUUAGAUACAGAGGAAAGACAGCAUUUAAUUAGUUGGAGAAUAAUAUCAUCGAAACAAAUGUCGUUAUCUACAGAUAUGUUCAAAGGAAGGAGAGUGUCGUAACCACAGGAAAGAGAGAGAGAGAGAGAGAAGGAGAGAGAUUGUACUUAUAGGGCAGGCACUCCUUUUUUCUUCAUCUCCUGCUCCACUUCUUCUACACACAAGGCAAAUAAAGGAGCUCAUCUCCAGUUUGACAUCACCCCAAUGGCUGAUAUGAAUGGCACCCUGUUUCCUGUCCGUGGAGUGAACCAACUUGUAACCAGCCCCAACAGCUCCAGCAGCUCUUGGCAGGAUGAUUUAGCCAGGGGAGCCCAAAUCACAGCUACCUUGCUCAUUUUCCUGGUUGGCGUACCUCUGAAUGGGCUGGUGGUUUGGGCACUCGGACUGCGGAGUCAUCGUCACCUGGUACGCAGAGGCAGCAGUGAAGAGACACGUGCCGCCAACAGUUUCCGUAUCUAUGUACUGAACCUGGCCCUGGCUGACCUGGUACUGCUCCUGCGUACCCCCCUCAUGUUGGGCUACCUCGCCCACAACUACAGCUGGCCGUUUGGCCGUGUCUUCUGCCACCUGAUCAUGUUCUUGCGAGGCCUGGGGUUGUACGCCUCAGCUUUCCUCCUCUGUGCUGUAGCCCUGGAACGAUGCCUGUGUCUACUGAGGCCUGUGUGGGCUCGACUGCGCCGCCCCUACUGGGCUGUUCCUCUGGCUUGUGUCCUCUUAUGGCUGGUAGCAACCGUCCUGUCUGCCCCCUACCUCUACUGUGCCGUCCUGACAGAAAGAAACGGGACAUACCAAUGCCAGGAGAGUGAUGGUUUUAACAUGGCUUUGUUUGUCACAGAGACUGUAGCAGGUUUCAUCUUGCCCCUGCUGGUGUUCUUGGGAAGUAAUUUGGCUGUUAUGCUCACCAUUCACCAAGCAGUGCCCACAACACCAACCUCCACCCCUUCAAAUGCCCGCAAGAUGACCAGGAUGUACCACGUGCUCUUUUGCACAAUGCUCCUCUUCCUCACUUGCUGGGUGCCCUAUUUUGUUUGUCGGUUCCUGCGGGCCCUGGCUGACAAUGGAUCUGUGCUGUACAUAAGAGCAUUUUAUGGAGCAUACUUCUCUCUGUUCCUGGUGUACAUCAAGAGUGCUCUCAACCCUGUGCUGUAUGUGUUUGCUGCCCGAGGCUUAGGCCGUGCUAUCCGAGCUUCACUUGUCUCCACUAUUGAACGACUUUUCAAUGAUGACUCCAUGGAGUCCAUACGAAGGAAGUCACUUAAGAACUCACAGAUGUAGCCGAGAAUUUACUUUAUCAAAUGUUAAAAGCCUAAAAAAACUUGCGUGCCUUUGCAUUUUAAACAAGAUAAAAUGGCUUAAAUAUCAUUCAUCUACCCAUUUUUACAAAAAGCUCAUACUCACCAAAAUGUGAGCUAUGUAAAUAUAAGACUUUAAGCAUUAAGGUAUUGAGUUACUGUAAAGCAAGGCAUGCGAUUUAGGCCAGUGUUUCCCAAAUGAGUGUGAAAGCCACAGCAAAUAAAGAAGUAGAUUAAUUGAAUCAGUAUUACAUUCCCUAUAAGUAGAGAUAUAAUCCUGAUGACUUGACCAUAACUUAGAGACCUUAGUUGGAUCAUAGUUUGAUUACAUCCGCUUCGGCCAUUUCCCCUCCUAACAAACACUUUCUGUGUGUUCAGAAAAUUACCUCCAAUAGAAGAACAUUUGAUUUAGUGGCUUGGAUUGAUGAUGCCACUGGGAUUUCAUCAUUUCAGAGAAAGACACCAGAACUCCAAACUCAUAGAACAAUGAAUCAGGCUGGGCCUCUCUACUGCCAGACAAGAGUAAGAAGAUAUAUGGACACAAGUGUCAUUUGCCAAACUCAAUGACUGAAGACUACAAAAAUGCUGCUUCUGUUGCAACACGCUGAAGGCGGGAUCAUAAUUGGUCAUAAAAAUGAAUUCAUGAAUCAUCUUGUCCUUUGGUUGAUUUGCAGGAAACGCCUUCAAGGUAAAUACUACGCCAAUGUCAACAUAUAAUUUCAACACCAAUUUCCUUACCCUAAGGCAAUCUUCCUCAUAUGUAAGCCUUCAAGAAAACGCAGCAUUCAAGCUUGCAUGCUCUGUCUCUUUAUAGUCCAAGGAAUGUGAUACUGACUGUACCUUAUCAAUAUCAACAGUGACUCAGAUCCGGUCCUAGUUGCACCUAAUAAAUGGGCGACUGGAUGUAUUUCUAUGGACUCUUUGAGAACUAGAGCCCGAUAUGGACAGGAUCAUCAUCUCAUCAUGAAUGUAUCAUAGUCCCUGACUAGACUUCAUUUAUGUUAAGAAAGCUUUACUAUUGUUUGUUGUUUGUAAUAUAAGUACACAUGUUCAUCGUUCAUUCAUUGUUGAAAAAAGGGAAAAGCUUAAUUAAUUUGUAGCACUUUACAUUUAUUUUCUUUCUAUAUUAAAAUAUGAAUUAACAAAAGUAAAUUUCUUUAAAUGGCAAUUAUUCAAUCACAAAAGAUCAGACUUAACCCAAUUUAUAUCUGUCUACAGGGUGCGCUCAUCUCAAAAAGGUCCAAUAUGCAAGAAUUUAAAUUAUGAAAAAGUUGAAUAUCAGACUUUUCCCCCCCAAAACAAAUACAUCCUCAGUUUAACAGCCAAUAAAAUUAUAAUUUACAUUAAGAAUUUAAUACUGUCAAAUACUGAAGGCAGACAGGUGGAGAAGGGCCACAGUAAGACUGAGUGAUAUAUUGCAUUAAUUCAAUUCAGUUUUAAUAAAAAUGUAGCUAUAACAUGCACAAAAAGGUUAUUUUUA